CUGCUGGCGUUCUCUCAUUCGACUGCAGAGUUUGAAACUGCAGAAACUCUUCUGAACUCCGAGGUGCACAUGCUGCUCGAGCAUCGUAAGCAGCAGAACGAGAGCGCAGAGGAUGAGCAGGAGCUGUCAGAAGUCUUCAUGAAAACCUUGAAUUACACAGCGCGCUUCAGCCGCUUUAAAAACCGGGAAACCAUCGCCAGCGUGCGCAGUUUGCUGCUCCAGAAAAAGCUCCAUAAGUUUGAAUUGGCAUGUUUGGCUAACUUGUGUCCUGAGACAGCUGAGGAAGCCAAAGCUCUGAUUCCAAGGUGAGCACUUAAACAUAUUGUACAGAGACUGCUUUAUGCUUCCCUGUGAUCUAAAGCCACCUGUGGGCAGGUGCUGUCGUGUCAAUCCAGCUCUGGUGAUGUAAGAACAUUUGAUCUUGGUCUUCCCUGCCCAUUGAUCUGACAGUGAGGCACCAUUUGUGCAUGUCCCUAAUGCAUUCCUGACAACUUUUACUGGAUUAAGUGUAAACAGCUUAAACUGGGGUUCUUAGCUGGCUGUGUUUGUGUUUGUUGGAGAUUUUUGCUGUUGGAGCAAAUUAAGUGUUUUGUGGAUAAGGUAUGUGGAAGCAGUAACUUCUUCAUGUCUUCAUUUGUUACCUCAUGGCCUGAGAUAGAGGAGGGAACUAAACAUUCAUCUAAAUCACAGUUUCUUCCUUAUAUGCCAUUAUAUAAAAGAGAAGGCUUUGGGAUGACCU